GAAUUGUAAAGGUCAGCAUGAUUUCAUGAUGGGGUUCUCAAGGCGCAGACUUCAUUACGGACUCUGGCAAUUGAGUCUGCAAAACUAAACGCAUCACUGUGCCAAUUAUUUUGUACGAAGGCACCUCAUCCAGUCACACUUCAUCCAUCUCAUCCCAUCUUCAAUCAAUCAACCUCGUUUCUUUCCAUCGAACUCGUCGAAACCAAGCACGACAAGACGAGGUUCUUCAAGAACUUGGAUGAGAAAGUGCGUUUGUAAUUUGUGAUCUCUGGCUGCCUACCCUGGACUAAAUCCAAACGGUGUCAUCCACUCAGCGACCCCCAGUCUAACUGCUAACAAGCAUUUUUCAUCGCAUCCAGCAUCGGCAACGGCAACCUUUUGUUGACUGCUGCUGGGGGUGUUGGAAAACUUCGAUUCACUAUUAAUCCAACUCAUCCGCGACUUUCAAGACUGCUCAUCGCCGGACAACAGAGUCGCGCUUCCAUUCACAGCACCACAACCACAACCACAACCACAACCAUCGCCAAAACCAUCGCCAAAACCACACCCCAUCACCGCCAUAACCAUCAUCGCAAAAUGGCUUCCCCCGCCGAAGACCAAGCAACUCACCACCAAGACCUCGCCGACCGCGCCUCCCGCUCCAACCGCGGCGGUCGCGGCGGUCGCGGUCCCAAAUCCGGUGGUCAUGGCGGUGGUCAUCGCAAGGGUGGUGGUCGCGACGUCGACCUCUCGCGCGCCUUAUCCCGCCUGCUCCGUCACCAAGCCGCCUCGGCAGGCAUCACCCUCGACGCCGAAGGGUACGCGCCUCUGGACAAGGUUCUCGCAUGGGGCCCGAUCCGCUCGCUGAAGCCGACGUUUCCAGAGAUCCUGAAGGCGGUCAAGGAGAGCGAUAAGCAACGGUUUGCUAUCAAGCUGGCGCCGGGAAAAGAAAAAGAAGACGGCGAAAAAAGUGAGGAGCCGGGGGAUUGGUUGAUUAGGGCGAAUCAGGGACAUUCGAUCAAGUUGGAGAGUGAAGGGUUGUUGAGGCGGUUGGUUUUGGGGAGGGGUGGUGGUGGUGGGCAGCAGCAGCAGCAGCAGCAAGGCCAAGAGACGGAGGGGGAGGAUGGAGGAACCAUACCGAUCCCCGAAACGGUCGUCCACGGUACGUACUUUGCUUUCUGGGACAAGAUCAUCCAGAGCGGCGGACUCAAACCCAUGGGUCGGAACCACGUGCAUUUCUCCACGGGGUUACCGGAGGAUACGGAGAGGGGGGUCAUCAGCGGGAUGAGGAGCGAUGCGGAGGUGUUGGUUUUUGUGGAUGUCGAGAGGAGUAUCAGGGACGCCGAAGAAGCGGAAAAGGAAGAUAAAGAAGGAAAAGGGAUCAAGUGGUGGAUGAGCGACAAUGGGGUGGUGUUGACGGAGGGCGAUAAGGACGGGUUGGUCCCGCUCAAGUAUUUCAAAGAGGUUAGGGGGAGGAGGCAGGGCGUAGGACUGUUGUGGAAGGAUGGACACAAGGUGGCGGAUUUGCCGGAAGGGUUGGAGAUUAGGAUGCCGAUGGGUAAGGGGAGGGCUGCUGGUGGUGGUGGUGGUGGUGGUGGUAAGAGAGGGGGACGUGGUGGUGGUGAAAGAAAAGAUUCCGGGAAAGGAGGAAGGGGGAGAGAGGAAAAGGGAAAUGGUGAGGAGGCCAAGCCUCUGGAGAUGGAUUCGCAAUAGGUGGAUGGGGUCGAUAGACUCUACCUCUACCUAUCUACUAUGCGGUAGAGGGGACAGAAAAAAAAAGUCACGAAUCAAAACGAGCACGAAGGGCUUUAAAUCGAAAUACCAGACCUGGUCUUGGUUUUGAAGCAGUUGUAAAAUUCCACAGCAAUGUAGAGCCACCCAAUGCCGCAAAAUGGUCCAGACGUAGCCAUAUUUCCU